CGACACGUGGCACUGGGGGGGGUCACUGGGGUCACCCCAACUGGGGGUCCGUAGCAUUACUGUAUAUUAUGCAGAGCCUAUCGACUCGCGCAUCUCCUGGAAUUCUCACAAUGCCAAUGGAUCAUGCCGAGUUAACUACCGAGCAGGUUCUCAAGAGGGAUAUCCCAUGGGAGACAUACAUGACAACUAAGUUGAUCACAGGAACUGGCCUUCAGCUGUUAAGACGUUAUGAUAACAGAUCAGAAAGUCACCGAGCAGCAUUGCUGGAUGAUGAUGGUCCAGCUUAUGUUCGCGUGUUCAUUAGCAUAUUACGUGACAUAUUCAAGGAAGAAACAAUAGAAUAUGUUCUAUCUUUAAUUGAUGACAUGCUUACAGCAAACUCAAAAAGAGCACGAUUAUUUCAUGAUAAGUCUCUUGCAAAUGAAGAUACUUAUGAACCUUUCUUAAGAUUGCUUUGGAAAGGUAAUUCGUUCAUACAAGAAAAGAGCUGUAAGAUACUUUUGAUGAUAGUGAGUGCUAGGCCAAAAAAUCAGGAGGGUACUGCAAAUGGAGAAGCAUCAAAUUCGAAGAAGCAACUGAGUACCAUUGAUGAUGUUUUGAAGGGACUGGUGGAAUGGCUUUGUGCACAGCUGAAGAAGCCUUCCCAUCCUAGUCAUGCUGUCCCAAUGGCCAUCAAUUGCCUGGCGACAUUACUGAAGGAGCCCAUGGUGAGGUCUUCAUUUGUUCAAGCAGAUGGGGUGAAGCUGCUCAUUCCUCUAAUUUCUCCAGCAUCCACUCAGCAGUCCAUCCAGCUUCUCUAUGAAACAUGUCUCUGUGUUUGGCUCUUAUCUUUUUAUGAACCUGCAAUUGAGUACUUGGCUACUUCCAGAACCCUUCCUCGAUUAACAGAGGUUGUGAAGGGUUCCACAAAGGAGAAGGUUGUCAGGGUGGUUGUUUUGAUCCUCCGAAAUUUGCUUUCCAAAGGGACUUUUGGUGCUCAGAUGGUAGAUCUUGGGCUUCCACAACUUGUUCAGUGUUUGAAAGCACAAGCAUGGAGUGAUGAGGACUUGUUGGAGGCUCUAAAUCAACUGGAAGAUGGGCUGAAAGAUAACAUUAAGAAACUGAGUUCUUUUGACAAAUAUAAGCAGGAAGUCCUCCUUGGCCAACUUGAUUGGUCCCCCAUGCAUAAAGAUCCAAUAUUCUGGCGUGAUAACAUUACAUACUUUGAAGAAAAUGAUUUCCAGAUCCUAAGGGUCCUUGUUACAAUUUUGGACACAUCUAGUGAUCAAAGAGCACUAGCUGUUGCUUGCUUUGAUCUGUCGCAGUUUAUUCAGUUCCAUCCUGCUGGGCGGAUAAUAGUGACUGACCUGAAGGCGAAGGAGCGGGUGAUGAAAUUGAUGAACCAUGACAAUGCUGAGGUCACCAAAAAUGCUUUACUCUGUAUCCAAAGGCUUUUCCUUGGUUCCAAGUAUGCAAGCUUUCUGCAGGCUUGAAUAUUUUCAAUGGGAACUUAUUUAUUUGCUCUACCAAAUUUUAUUUAUUUAUUAUAAUAGCUUCUUAUUAAUAUUAAAUGAGUUAGUGCGGGAGUUGGCUGUGCUUUUGGUUAAAUGGUUUUAUUUAUCAGAACUUAAGAAGAGUGAUGUGUCUGUCAUGAAGUGUUCUCUUUCUGUGUAAGGUAUUUUGUUUUGAAGGAAUCAGGAAUAUGAGUUCUUUCUAUUAAAAUUGUGGAAUAAAAUAAAUGUUUGUUUGUUUGUUUG